CCCCCCCCCCCACACCACCACGCUUUUUUGGCGCCGAGGUGGAAGAUGCUCUGUUAAGAGAGAAGCCUGGAUCACCGCGGCAACCCCAGCUCAAAAGCAGAUCGGCAAGGGAGGCGAAAUCCACGCGGUGGGCCAGCGUUGUUUCAGAACAAAGGUGGCGAAAGGUACACCCCUGCAAAAUCAGCUGCUUCUAUUAAUAAUUUCACUGGGAAUGGACAAUGGGAUGUUCUCUGGUUUUAUCAUGAUCAAAAACUGCUUUCUGCUCAGCAUUUCUAUGAGUUUAGCCAGUCAUUUUGGCUUCUCACAGAUGCCAACAGCUUCAGGGAAAUAUGAUACCAAUGAUAACAUCACCAUCUUCACUAGGAUUCUGGACGGCCUGCUGGAUGGAUAUGAUAACAGGCUUCGUCCAGGCCUGGGAGAGAGAAUAACAGAGGUGAAAACAGACAUCUUUGUCACCAGUUUUGGCCCUGUGUCAGACACCGAAAUGGAAUAUACUAUCGAUGUUUUCUUCCGGCAAAGUUGGAAAGACGAAAGGCUUCAAUUUAAAGGUCCCAUGCAACGCCUGCCUCUGAACAACCUCCUUGCCAGUAAGAUCUGGACUCCAGACACCUUUUUCCACAAUGGUAAAAAAUCUAUCGCCCACAACAUGACCACUCCUAACAAGCUUCUGCGCCUUGAGGAUGACGGAACCCUCCUCUACACAAUGAGAUUGACCAUCUCUGCUGAAUGCCCCAUGCAGCUGGAAGACUUCCCCAUGGAUGCACAUGCUUGCCCGUUAAAAUUUGGAAGUUAUGCUUAUCCCAAUUCCGAAGUGAUCUAUGUGUGGACUCAUAGCCCAGCGGCGUCCGUGGUAGUAGCAGAAGACGGCUCAAGGCUUAACCAGUAUCACUUGAUAGGGCAAACUGUCGAUUCUGAGAACAUCACUACCAGUACAGGUGAAUAUACUAUAAUGAGAGCACACUUUCACCUGAAAAGAAAGAUUGGCUAUUUCGUCAUCCAGACUUACCUUCCUUGUAUUAUGACAGUGAUCUUAUCCCAAGUAUCAUUUUGGUUAAACAGAGAAUCUGUCCCUGCUAGAACAGUCUUUGGGGUCACUACAGUCCUUACCAUGACAACUUUAAGCAUCAGCGCCCGCAACUCUCUACCAAAAGUGGCCUAUGCUACCGCGAUGGACUGGUUCAUAGCCGUGUGCUACGCCUUUGUGUUUUCUGCACUCAUUGAAUUUGCCACAGUCAACUAUUUCACAAAAAGAAGCUGGGCCUGGGAUGGCAAGAAGGCAUUAGAGGCUGCAAAAAAGAAGAAAAAAGAGCGUGAAUUGUUGGCAAGCAGAGCCAUGAACACUUACCCUACCGGACGGAUGACCCCCACCUUAAACUUACCAAAGGACUCUGCCCCUGCAGUAAUCUCCAACGCCGCUCCCAUUCCAGUCAAGCCCGCUGAAAAACCAGCCGAAAACAAAAAGACCUACAACAGCAUCAGUAAGAUUGACAAGAUGUCCCGGAUAGUAUUUCCGGUCCUGUUUGGAACUUUUAACUUAGUCUAUUGGGCUACGUAUUUGAACAGGGAACCUGUGAUCAAAGAUGCUUCUUCAAAAUAAAUGGAAGGACUUUUCGAAUCAAGUGUUAGCCAUACUUGCAAAAACAAACUCUACCAAGGAGAAUUUGAGGUUCCAAAAGACUUUCUACCUUUGGGCAAUAUUCUUCAGGAAGUUUUUGCAUGUUUAACAAUAUGUACAAAAAGAAAAAAAAGGAAAAAAAUAUAUUAUUGCCUCGAUUGUUUCUACAUGUAACCUCAGAUAUUUCCGGCAAUUACAUUAACGGCAGCAGACACAAAUCUUUCUAGGACAACGGAAGACAUGAGACAUGGCUUCUAUUGCUGCUGAGUAACUUGCAUUGAUAGUUUACAAAUGAAAUAGGGUAUAUUUUUUAAACUG